AUGAAGACCGUUUGGUAUGCUUUUGUGGAGAGGAUUGUGGAUGUGGAGAAGAUUCUGGUGGAGGAACAUUCGGGAGAAUGUUCUGGAGAGUACGGUGAAAGUUGGCCUACCAGAGCUCAUGUGUAUGUUACCAAUAACAUAACCAAUUAUCAGCUAGGAGUAGAAUGUAAAGAUAAAAAUUCUAAUUUUGGGUUUCGAGCACUACAAUUUGGAGAAAGUUAUAGUUUCUCUUUCAUGCCUAAAUACUUUAUACCAAGAUCUUUAUAUUUUUGCAAAUUUUCAUGGAAAGCUGCAUUUCACCGCUUUGACAUUUAUAUUCAAACACGAGAUCAACCUGAUUGCGAUACGCAUUGUCAAUGGCUUGUAAACGAAUCCGGACCAUGUAAAAUUAAAACUGGAUCUGUGGUUUGCUUUCAUUGGAAUGAUGUUGUAAUAGGAGGAAGGCAACUCGACCAAACUAUUGGAUAA